CGAUAUAAAGAAUUGCUACGGUGCAACUUUCGCUGCGGAUGGUUCUGUCCCUCCGUCCGUCAUAAAUCGGACGCAGUGUGGCUUUCGAGACUGCGGAUGGCGCUGUCCGUUCUUCGCCAGUAGGAAGAAGAGUGUCAUUUUCUCUGCCCCUCCUUCGUAAAUCGGAAACGCCUCGAAAUUCGGCGCUGCCCGCUCUUCGUAAGUCGGAGCGCGGUGUGUCCGUCCGUCCGCCCGUCCGUCCGUCCGUCGUCGUGUCUUCCUUCUUCCUGUCCCGCGAGUGACCGCAGGCAGGCAGGCGGGCACGCACGGCACGGCGCUGUGCGGGGGACACGGGACGGGCGGCGGGACGAGUCAGUGAUGAGGACAUCGUCGUGCCUGGACACGGCUCCGAUCUCCCCGUCCAGGUGAAAUUGGCUCUGAGUGUGUAGGCAUCGCCAUGGCAACCAGCGCAGUUCCCAGCGACAACCUCCCCACGUACAAGCUGGUGGUGGUGGGAGAUGGCGGCGUGGGGAAGAGCGCGCUCACCAUCCAGUUCUUCCAGAAGAUCUUCGUGCCCGACUACGACCCCACCAUCGAGGACUCGUACCUGAAGCACACGGAGAUUGAUGGCCAGUGGGCCAUUCUGGAUGUCCUGGACACAGCGGGCCAGGAGGAAUUCAGCGCCAUGAGAGAGCAGUACAUGCGCACAGGUGACGGCUUCCUCAUCGUCUUCUCCGUGACGGACAAGGCCAGCUUCGAGCACGUGGAUCGCUUCCACCAGCUCAUCCUGCGAGUGAAGGACAGGGAGUCCUUCCCCAUGAUCCUGGUGGCCAACAAGGUGGACCUGGUGCACCUGCGGAAGGUCACGAGCGAGCAGGGCAGGGAAAUGGCGGCCAAGCACAGCAUUACUUACAUCGAAACAAGCGCAAAAGACCCCCCCAUGAACGUGGACAAAGCGUUUCACGAGCUCGUCCGCGUGAUCAGGCAGGAAGUCCCAGAGAAGAGCCAGAAGAAGAGGAAGAAGAAGACCAAGUGGCGCGGGGACAGGUCUGCCGGCUCCCACCGGCUGCACUGCGUCAUCCUGUGACGGGGUCCUCCGGGGACACCGGCUCCGCUGGACCUGCCCCUUACCGGGGGAAAAAGGCGACAAAUUCUGGACCGUGGACUCAAUCCCGGCGGCCACCGCUCACCUGGGAGGUGGAAAGAACUCAAACCGCAGCGCUGGGGCGGUAUCUCUCACGGGGGUCAGAGGUCGGAGGAACCGACCGUAACAUGUUUCCAGGUUGGCGUUUCUAAGCCAUGUUGGGGGGCGUGGCCUUGGGGGGAGGGGCGGGGUUAGAGAGGGCGUGUCUUUGUGUUCACCGGUGCUCGUCGAGCGGCGUUCAUGGCGUGGACGUCUCGUGAACGGAAGGUGCCGGGACAGCCGGGACCGGAGGGGUCGCCGUCGGCGCCGCUUCGGGGGCCCGGAUGACUUCCAGCCGGUGCGGAGGGGGGGGAUCCGGUCGCCGGCCGCCUUCCAGGACCGAACUCGGAGCAAAUACCACGAGUUACCGCGGUGGAGAGGAAGCCUUCAGCCUUUUCGUACCAUAUAUUUCAGUGUUCCAGAAGAAUGCUCAGUAACCUUUUUUACAUCAAGCACAAAGAAUAGCGGAAGAAGCCCAAUAAAUGACUCCGAUGAAGGAAGAUCCGUUGCACUUUUGAUAGAGUUGAGCGUUUUCUUGUAUUGAUGUGCGUUUUAAGGGCGGCCCAACCGCGGCGAAGCGCCUCCCGUCGAAGCCGAGCCGUCCGCUCAUAUUUGCGGUGCUCCUUUCGCCCUCGUGCCUCCGCUUGAGGCUUUCGAGAGGAAUAAGUGUGUAAAAAGUGUCUCCUGUGAACGAAGCGUAGACGUGAAUUCACUUUUAUAGCGGAGUUAUUGAAAAUGUCACGUGAAAAAUGUGUAAUAGCGUUCAUAUCUGCAGGGAGAGAUUUCACUUUUCUCGCUCAUCUGUGGAUGUUUUUUCUUUUUUGUUUCUUUUAAACCUCAGUAACUUAUUGCUGUUCUUUGACGUUUGUUCUGGCCGACGGUUUAACCCGCCGCGGGUCGUGGAGCCGAUUCGGCUGUCGGACCCGCUGGCGCGAACUUUCCGGAGAAAAAUAAUAAAAGCCGCUUUGGAAGAAA